UUGUUUGUUUCCAGGUUUUUUUCAGCCAUGGCAUUGACUGUCAAGCAACGAUUCUUCCUAACAAUUCUAGUUCUUGCCUUCCCUUUGUCGGCAAUAAGUGGAGACCCUGAUAUUAUAUCUGAUUUUGUGGUUCCAAUGGAAGUGAAUAAUACUCUAUUGGAUGGAAAUUUCUUCACCUAUACUGGCAUGAGGCCACUCAUUAACUCUGAUCCACCAACAAAUUUCACUGUAACUAAAGCAACCAUGGCUGAAUUCCCUGCUCUUAAUGGACAAAGUGUUUCCUAUGCUGUUGUACAAUACCCUGCUGGUUCAGUUAACCCUCCUCAUACUCAUCCUCGUGCCACUGAGCUUUUGUUUCUCACCUAUGGUGUACUUGAAGUUGGAUUUGUUGACACUACUAACAAGCUCUUUACGCAAAGACUUCAAGCUGGUGAUAUUUUUGCGUUCCCAAAGGGAUUAGUCCAUUAUCAGUUCAACUGUGCCGAGAACGAUUUUGCGGUCGCGGUUUCUGCUUUCGGUAGCGCAGCUGCUGGUACUGUUUCAGUUCCUUCUACGGUGUUGGCAACAGGCAUUGAUGAUGAGAUCUUAGCGAAGUCUUUCAAAACAGAUGUGUACACAAUUCAGAAGCUCAAAGCAGGGUUUGCACCUAAGGCCUGAGAUGGAGAUUCUAAGCUAUUAGCAAUAAUUCCACUUAUGGGGUUCUAAGAUUUGGUCACAUAUGUACGUCUUGUGCUGCAAAAUGGGGAUUUAUCAAUUUGCUUUGUUCUUUGAAGAGCGACUUGUAAAAUAAACAUCAAGAUGUAAUAAACCCAUUCUUGGUCUUUGUUGCAAUAUCAAAUAACUUGUUAUGA